AUGUCGAAAUCCGACUCAUCAGGGGACAACAACACGACUGGCACUGCCGCUGCAGCCUUUCGUGCCCGCAUGGAAGAUUCAGACAACAGCCACCUGGACACCAAUUACCGUGUCCGAGUCUAUCCUUCUCAGCUCUUUGAAUCGACCUAUCGAACGGAUCGGGCAUGGUUGUUUUCUCUUUCCUUGGCCAUGGUAUUUGUCUUUACGUCCUCCGUUUUCCUUGUGUACGACUACUGUGUGGAACGACGCCAGAAGAUUGUGGUCAGGUCAGCAGAAAAGUCCGGUGCCAUUGUUCAUUCACUCUUCCCAGAACAAGUCCGAGAACGUCUUUACGAAGAAAGCACUACCAACAUGGAGCAAAUUGGGGGCGGGUUGGAAGCACACCCCUGUGACCAUAUCUCCCCUGCUGCCAAUGCCGAUUUGUAUCCUGAAUGCACAGUCUUCUUUUGUGACAUUGCUGGGUUUACUAAGUGGUCUUCCAGUAGAACACCAGUAGAAGUCUUCCAGCUACUAGAGACAUUGUAUGCUGCCUUUGAUGCAAAUGCUAAACGCCGAAAGGUGUUCAAGAUUGAAACAAUCGUUGAUUGCUAUGUGGCUGUCACAGGCCUACCAAAAGGACAGCCGGGACAUGCUUUGAUCAUGGCUCGUUUUGCAAUUGACUGCAUGAAAAGUGCAAUGGAGUUGGUGUAUGAAGAUGGAGAACUGUUGGACUGGUAUGUCCCAUUCUUGGAUUUGAACCCUAGACUGUGGUUCUGUUUGAAAUAUACCUGUGCUCACCCUACAAUCCUUAUCUUUAAUGCUUUGCUUCAGGUGACUGCGGGUGUGUUGCGCGGAGGCAAGCAGCGCUUCCAGAUAUUUGGUGAUACGGUCAACACAGCCUCCCGCAUGGAGAGCAAUGGGGUUCCCAACAGCAUCCAUGUAUCAGAAUCAACAGCCCAACUUUUAAAGCAGGCUGGGAAGGAACAUUGGUUGACUCCCCGUGAAGACAAGAUCACAGCAAAAGGCAAAGGAGAAAUGCAAACCUACUGGGUUGUGGCCUCUUGUGACCGUUCCGCUGCUCUUGCCUCUACUAUAGGGUCCAUGGACAUGAGUGUGGAUCGGCGUAUUAAAAGUUUUGCUUCUCGCUCGUCACAGGAGCAGGAAACCUUGGCUAAUGUGGAUCCAAGCAACACAAGUGUUACAAAGGAAGCACGUUUCGAUGACUGGAUGUAA